GCCUGCACAGGGUGGGCUGCGAGCCUGUGUUUCCUCAGAAGCUGAUCUGUUGUCCCUGCCUAGACAGAGGCCUCAGGCCCGGCUGGGCUCAGGCAGGAGUGGAGUCACCCGGGCAGGUGAACAUGGAGUAUUUGUGUUGACUCACAGCUCUAGCAGGGGUGGGAAAGCCAGGAAGACUGGAAAGGAUCUAGGGGAGUAGGGGGAGCAGCCCCCAGCCUUGGGCUGAGAAGGGCCCCAGAAGCACCCUCCCCAGCUGAGAUCCAGGCCAGGGUGCUGGACUCUGGAAAUCUGCCUGUGCCAGGAGGGAGGGUGUGGCUAGCAGAGUGCUGCAGAAGGCAGAUGGUGUGGAGAAGCUGCAUCUCCUGCUCAGCACAAGGGGGAGCAGAGACAGCGCUCAGUGCCACUCCUGAGCAGGGGCCUGCAUUGGACUGGACCUGAGUGACUGGAGCUGGCCAGGGACACAGGUCUCCAGGGCCCUCAACAGAGAGAGCAGGGUGUGGCCUGGGGUGUAGGGCCCAGAUUGGGUCCUUGAGCUUGGCCUCUCAUCUCCCCCCCAUGCCUUGGUAGGCCUGAUCACGGGGAGCCAAGAAUGAGGGGGCAGAAUAGCUCCCGGGGAAGGAACAGGUUGAGGGUAGCAUCAGGGGUGGACACUGAGGGAUGUGGGAGUCAGGGAUGGCUCUUGGGAAGGGCCUCCCUGUAAGAGGACCGGUCAUACACUGACUUAGAUGGGUUUGGAGUGGGAGGUUUAGGGUGGACCUGAGGAGACAGGAGGCAGCAGGAGAAGACACUAAGCAGGACGCUGGUGCUAGGUUAGGCCUGGGGCAAAGCGGCCUUGAGGUAGGGUCAGUAGGGGUUCCUGGGGGGUGACCAGGGCAGGAAGAAUGGAGUGAGGGGGCUCCAGGGAUUUCACCGGAGUAGGAGCCAUUCCCCCACACUACAUCUUUUUGUGACCAGAGUGUCCUGUAGGUCAGGUCUGUGAGGUCAGGGUGUCUCUGGGUAAAGAUGUUGAGUGGUUGUCAAUGGUAACAUGCCCUUGGCAAGAUUAGAGCCUGCUGCAGGUUCUGAGUGAGCAGGAGUCUAUAUUCUGCCAGACCAGCCAUCUUUGUAAAGGCCCGGAUUCUAGAAUCUGAGCAUGGCCUUGGGUCUGAGCGCCUUAGAGGACCAUGGAGUCCUAGGGAGCUGAAGCUACUGAGGUCAGAGAUCCUUGGAGGGCCAUUUGUCCAGACACUGAUCACACCCUUUGUGCCUCAGGGACUCAUGGAUCUGACAGGGCGUUAGAGUGCCCUGGGGACUGUGGUAACAGUGCUGAUAAUAAAGUCUGCAUCUACUGUGUGCUUGCUAUGUCUGAGCCACCACCCUCAGGGCUUCUAUUAACGAUUCUUUUAAAAAAUAUAUAUUUAUUUUAUUUAUUUGAAAGGCAGAGUUAGAGAGAGAGGCAGAGACAGAGAUGGGUUCUCUCUCCAAAUGGCCACAAUUGCUGAGGCUGGGCCAGGCCAAAGCCAGGAGCCAAGAACUCCAUCUGGGCCUCCCAUGUAGGUGGCAGGGGUCCAAGGAUUUGGACCAUCUUCUACCACUUUCCCAAGCCAUUAGCAGAGAGCUGGAUCAGAAGAGGAGCAGUCUGGACUUGAACUGGCGCUCUGAUAUAGAAUCCAGCAUUGCAGGAGGCAGUUUUAACCUGCUGUGUCACAAUGCCAGCCGUUCUAUUAACUCUUCAUCAUUAUGACUUCUCGGGGUAGGUUCAGCCAGUCCUCAUUAUUCAUGGAUUCUGUAGCUGCACACUUUCCUCCUCAUCAAAAUGUAUUUGCAAUCCCCAAAUAUCCUGUUUCUAACAGCCUUUGCCAGGUCUGUGGGCACUUGCAUGUGCAGAGCAGUGGAACGCUGAGGGGCCACAUUCCCGGUCCACCCCAUGGGUCUUUUGCCUCCAGUUUGGUGCCAUGGUUCCCAUGUGUCUGUGCUUUUGUUUGGUAUUUUACCCCAGGGCAUAAUGCCUAAUUGUCACCUAGUGUGCAUUAGAGCAAGAAGGGGAGGAAGUGUGUAAUGGAGAAAUUUCUCACCUUAGACUAGCUUUGGUUAGACAUGAGUUCCAAUGCUAUUGGUCCUGAAUUCAGGUUUAAUCCAUCAGUGAUAUGUAGGUAUGUUCAAUAUUGUUGCUUCAAAUAGAAUCUGGUACAUCCAGAAAUAUACUCAAUGCAAGGUUAUGUAUCAAUGGGAAGACAAAAAUGUCCCCACCAGACGCUACUUUCCCUAGCAGCAAUAGCUCAGUAUUCAUGAAUCCAGUUUUUGUGGUGAUACCUUAAAUAAGGCACCUUAAAUCCAGUCUUUGUUAAUUGUCUUUACCUUAAAUAAAUACAAUUAACUAAAUAAAGGCAAUUAAAUAUGUUUUUAAAAAUAUUUAUGUAUUUAUUUGUUAGAGAAGUGUACACACACACACACGUAGUGUGUGGGGGGAGUGAGAGAGAGAGAGCUCUCAUCCACUGAUUGAGUCUGCAAAUGCCUCCAGUGGCCAGGAUUGAGAUGGUCUGAAGCUGGGCAUCAGGAACAUAGUCCAGGUCUCCCCAGUGAGUGGGUGACAGGGACCGAAGUACUUGAGACAUCAGCAGUGCCUCCCAGGGUCUGCAUUAGCAAGAGGCUGGAAUCAGGUGCGCCAAGCCGGGACUUGAAUCCAGGUACUCUGAUGUGGAAUGAGGAUCCGAAUUAUGAUUGCCAGAUGACAAAGACAGGACAGAGUGAUAUUGAGCAAUGAGCCCCACCUCUCAUAAUCAGUAAGUGGUAUAGCCAUGACUUGAACCCAUGACUGCCCACUACACUACCCUGUCUCUCGUAGGGUGAGACAGUGCUGGGUACCAGGUCUACUUGAAGGUCAGGGUUGGGGAGUGGGAAGAUCAGAGGCUUCUGAAAGCCCCAGUCUCCUGAGAGCCUGUGGAACUCUGAGACAUCAAGUGAGACUUGUAGUGUCUCAGUCUUUGGGGACAAAGGUGGUGGGUCGGAGUCCUUUUGUAAUAAAAGGGGGUGGCUGUCCUGGAUGGAUGGUCUGAGUUCUCUUGCAGGGUUAGGGUAUCCCAAAGCAACAGGAUGUACAAAGACUCAGGAUUCACCUGUGGUCCAAGUUGACGGUCUUGCUUGGUCCGGGCUGCCAUGGAGUCCAAGGUGCCUGGGGAGGGCACAGCAUACCCAGGGAUAGAGAGAAGAGUUAGGGCUGGGGGCAGUACUUCUCAGCUCUGGACUGCUUGUGUCCCCUACCCCAAAUCCUUACAUUGAAGUCCUUGUCCCUGUUGUGAUAAUAUUUGGCAGUGGGGGCCUUUGGAAGUUAAUCAGGUUCCAAUGGUCAUGAAGGUAAGGCUCCUGUGGUGAGAUCAGUGUCCUUAUAAGAAGAGCAAGGGCACCAGAGCUGGCUCUCUCACCAGUCUGCGGUGCUUCAUCAUGGCGGCCUCAACACAGACAGGUGCACAGGGUUCUCCUCCUGGGGAUCUUGUUACAGUGCAGAUCCUACCACACAGGGUGGAGCUGGGGCCUGAGACUCUCAUUGCUAAGGAGCUCCCACUGGGUGCUGCUGCUGCUCCAUGACCCUUAUGGUAAGAAUCAAGCUCCCUGUCUUGAAUUGGCAGGUGCUUUUUUUUUUUUUUUUUUUUAAAGAUUUAUUUAUUUGUUUGAAAGGCUGAAUUACAGAGAGAGGAAGAGAUAGAGCUUCCAUCCCUGGUUCAACCCCGCAGUGGUCACAGUGGCUGGAGCUAGGUUGGUCUGAAGCCAUGAGCCAGCGGCUCUUUCUGGGUUUCCCACAGAGUGCAGGGGCCCAAGCACUUGGGCCAUCCUCCACUUUCUCAGGCACAUCAGCUGGGAGCUGAAUUGGAAGUAGAGCAGCCAGGACUCAAAGCAGUGCCCAUAUAAGAUGCUGGAUUUGCAGGGGGUGGCUUUAUCUACCAGGCCAAACGCUGGCCCCAGCAGGUGCUUUUAAAGGGUAUAUGUGCAGGCAGGAUUAGUAUGAUCUUGGAGAUCAGAUUGUCCUGAGGGGUCAGUGUGUCCUGAGAGGUCUGACCUUGAUGGAGGCGGGGGUAGGGGUAGAAUGUUCUGGGGAUCAGUGUGUUCUAAAGUGUCAGUGGUCCUGGGGUAUCAGGUAGUCCUCAAAGGACCAGGUGUCCUAGGUGGUGCCAGGACUGAGGGACCUCUAGACACAGAGUGCUGUAGCGGCCAGGUUCUCUUCACUGCUCAGGGAUUCUGAGUGUGGCAGAGUUUCCUUGAAGUACCUGAGUGCAGGAAUCCUGAAUCUGCCGUGGGGGUGGGGAGGAUGCACCCGGAACUCAGAUGCUUUUAAGGGUCAGGUUUUCCGGACAUUAGGGGUCCCUGGAAGGCCACAGUGUCUUGGGGGUGCUGAAUCCAGGAGUGGCAAUCAGACGGUGCUGAGGAGACUCAUCCUGCCCGUUGGUUUCAGGUUGUCCUGAGGGGGCGUGGCUGGUGAGCUCUGCAAUAUCAGGGUGUCCUGGAGGGGGGCCGGCAUGCACUUGUGACUUUUCACUUUUUAAUUUCCUGGAAACAGGUCCCUUGGGUAUCAAGUACCUGCUGAGAUGCCAAGGCAGGCGCUGUCCUGGCCCCUACCUGCCCCCCUCCUACCCUUCCCACCGUGGGGUUCUGAGCAGGGCUCUUGGGAGGAAUGCGUUUUCCCCUCCUGGCCCUGCCUGCUCCCAGGAGGGGAUUUAACAAGACAAAAGAAUCUGGUCCCCUGGGAACAGGAGCCCUUGGCCCCCAGCCCUGGACCCUCGACAGAACACCUUCCCUCAUCCGGCUUGUGAUCCGCCCCUGAGCAAGGGGCCUCGGUGUCGGUGUCCAGGCAGCGAUUGGAUGGGUUCAGGGGCCAGGAGGGGGUCAUUCUCCAAGACACAGGGAGAAAGGAGAGGUGUGGGAAGGCAGGCAGCCGACCGGAAAGGGGGAGCCGUGUCCUGGUGGAGAGAAGGUACAGGGAGAGCAGUGGAGACACAAAGAGAGAGAUAGGUGACGUCAAGGCAGAGGACAAGAACAACCUCCAGUGAAGGAAUGAGGAGUUAGGAAAAAAUUAGAGUCCAGGAGAGACAGUGACAGAGACAGAUUCCCACUAGAGCUACAGAGACAGAGAAACUGAGAGAACCAGAGACAGAGACCUGGGGAGAGAUCGCAGCCUAAGAGGAGAACAGGGUAACAGCGAAAGCCUGACCAAGAAUCUAGAUCAAGGGUCGCAGGGGGCUGGCAUGGAAGAAGCCCCAGGCAGGAGCCAGCCGGCCAAGCUCAGGAAGGGGCGUCCUUGCAGCAGUGUGUUGCCGCAGAGCGGCCCAGCGGCAGGGACCCUCAUCUCCGCCGUGGCCGACCUGAGCCCGCAGCCCUGCAGGAGGCUGUCUGGUGUAGGAGUGGGGAGACCCAGGCCCUCCCCGCAAGGACAGAGGGCUCGCCCGCAUUCCCGGCGCCGCCACCGCACCACCUUCAACCCAGCCCAGCUGGCACAGCUGGAGUCAGCCUUCGGGAGGAACCAGUACCCUGACAUCUGGGCCCGAGAGAGUCUCGCCCGGGACACAGGCCUCAGUGAGGCCAGAAUCCAGGUCUGGUUCCAGAACCGCAGAGCUAAGCAGCGGAAGCAAGAGCGCUCACUGCUGCAGCCACUGGCCCACCUGUCUCCUGCCACCUUUUCAGGCUUCCUGCCCGAGUCCUCUGCGUAUCCCUACCCUUAUACCACACCACCUCCACCCGUGACCUGCUUUCCUCACCCCUACAACCACACCCUUCCCCCCCAGCCCCCCACAGGGGGCUCUUUUGCUCUUCCGCACCAGUCUGAGGACUGGUGUUCCACUUUGCAUCCCCCCCCUGCAGGCCAUCUGCCCUGUCCCCCACCCCCACCCAUGCUCCCUCUCAGCCUUGACGCACCCAAGCCCUGGAACUAAGGACUACCGAGUACCCCAGCCUGUGGCCUUUGUGAAACACAGAGAACGGCGGGUGGCCUCUUUCUCUUCCCAGGGAGAAAGAGGAGCACGGUGAGGGGCAGCUCAGUGACUGAACAUUUACACAUGGGAGCUCCUAAGGACAGUGAGCUGCCGGAAGAUAAGGAGGUGGCUGGCGGAAGGGUGGUGUUAAUGAGCUGAUGGUUGCCACUGCUAGGGGAUGACGGGAGACUGAACGCAAGGGCUUGCCUUCGUUGAGAUGUGGACUGAAGAUCCCAUUCCAGCUCUGCUUGGUAGGUUUCAACAAGGCUUUUGAUUUAAAGGCAACCCACAUGAGGGCACCUCAAAAAUUCAUGGACAAUGGAGUUAAAAGAUAUGUUUAUUUUGUUGCAAAAUUUUUUGAAAUCAUGUAUAUAUGAGGAAUCUUCAAAAAGAUCAUGAAAAGAUCAUGAAAAUGUGUAUUAUGAAAAAAAUGCAUGGGUUUCAGGGUUUGUAGAUUUUUUUGAACCAAAACAAACAUGUUUUAAUGCCAUUUUCCAUGACCGUUUUGAAGUACCCUCCAUAUACUCCCGCCCCGACACAUGCCACUACCACAAUCACUCAUUAACUUGGAUCCGUUCCGUCCUAGAAACAGAUCUUGAGUCUUUUCCUUUCCUUUGCUGUCCAGCAGGCACUUUGCUUUUCCUGGCCUCAUGGUUCCCUUAGCUCCAGUCUUUCCCACUUCCAUCAGGCCUCUGCAAAUUUGAACAUCAAUGGGUGGCUUGCCAGUUUUAUAAAAAAUCCACAGGGUAUGGGGGGUGGGUGGGUGUAGAGUGUAGCAGUAACAAUGCUGCUUGGGGUGACUGCAUCCCAUAUCAAAGUGCCUGGGUUUGAGUCCCACCUCUGCUCCUGAUUCUGGCCUCUCAUCCUGAAAGGCGGAUGGUGAUGGUUCAAGUACUUGAGCCCUUGCCACCCAUGUGGGAGAUCCGGAUUGAGUUCUGGGUUACUGGCUUCAGUCUGGCCAAGCACCAGCUGUUGUCAAUAUUUGGAGAAUGAGACAGUGGAUAGGGGAUCUCUCUCUGUCUCACUGUCCCUGUGUCUCUGCCUCUCAAAUAAAAUUAACAUAAGUAAGUAAAAUUUUUAAAAAACUCCUUAAAAUAAUCUGCUCAGCUUGGCCUGUAGGAGCCAUCAACAUUGGCCUCAACCUGACUUUUAAGCACGCUGCCCUUUUAAUCACGUAUGAUUGCUAAUGAAGAAGCCAUUCGAUUAGGGCCAAGUUUUGCAGGAGUUAACUAAGGUUCAUAAGAGGUCAUUGCCAGGACAGGGGCUGCCAAGAAGCACAUUAGUCUGAGUCCUCCCCAAGGAAACAUGGCAUAGCCCAGCUGGUGCUGCCCUUUUAUACUCGAUUGUUUAUAAUGUACUCAUUUAAUUCAUAAUUCACUUUUUAUAGGUAGACCAGUUAUCCUUUUUGGUAAAUCCAUAGAGGAACUAAGUAAACAGCCUUCUGGUGAUGGAUACUUGUGUUAUUUAACAUGACUUAUAAAAAAGACUAGAGUAAACAUGCCUGUAGUACACAUUUGUUCUUCUGUCUGUUUCUCUUCUUGAGCCACAUGGCCUUCCAGAAAGAUUACACAAACAGGGCUGACACUGUGGGUGGCAUAGUGAGUCAAGCCACUGCUUGCAAUGCCAACGACUCCAGCUUGAGUCUGGCCUGCUCCACUUCCAAAUCAGUUUUGUGCUAAAGCACCUGGGAAAACAGUGGAAAGAUAGCCCAGGGCCAGAGCUGUGGCAUAGUGGGUAACACCGUUGCCUGUGGUGCUGGAAUCCCAUAUGGGCGCUGGUUCGUGACCCAGCUGCUCCACUUCCUGUCCAACUCUCUGCUAUGGGCUGGGAAGGCAGUAGAAGAUGGCCCAAGUCCUUGGGUCCCUGUACCCGCAUGGGAAGACCGGGAGGAUGCUCCUGGCUUCAGAUCAGCAAAGCUCCAGCUGUUGCGGCCAAUUGGGGAAUGAACCAGCUGAUGGAAGACCUCUCUCUCUCUCUCUCUGCCUUUCCUUCUCGCUCUGUGUAACUCUGAUUUUCAAAUAAAUAAAUUAAUAUUUUAAAAAAAGACAGCCUGAGUCCUUGGACCCCUGCAUCCAUGUGGGAGACUGUCGCUCCCCGUCUUCAUGG